CUCCCAAUACAACAACACAACUCACAUCAACAACUCCAAUGACUCCCAAUACAGCAACACAACACACAUCAACUGCAACUUCUUCAGUGUAUCCACGUACAACACAACUCACACCAACAGCUACUUCAAUAAAUCCAGAUACAGCAACACAACUCACAUCAACAACUCAAAUGACUCAUAAUACAACAACACAACUCACAUCAACAACUUCUUCAAUGAUUCCCAAUACAACAACACAAUUUACAUCAGAAACUUCUUCAAUGACUCCCAAUACAGUAACACAACUCACAUCAGACACUUCUUCAAUGACUCCCAAUACAGCAACACAACUCACAUCAACAACUUCAAUGACCCCCAAUACAGCAGCACAACUCACAUCAACAACUUCUUCAAUCAAUCCCAAUACAACAACACAACCCACACCAACUUCUUCAAUGACUUCCAAUAUAGUAACACAACUCAAAUCAACUACAACUUCUUCAGUGUAUCCAAGUACAACACAACUCACACCAACAGCUACUUCAGUGAAUCCAGAAACAACACAACUCACAUCAACAACGACUCCAGAUACAACACAACUCACAUUUACAACUUCUUCAAUGACCCCCAAUACAGCAACACAACUCACAUCAACAACUUCUUCAGUGACUCCCAAUACAGCAACACAACUCACAUCAACAACUUCUUCAAUUACUCCAAAUACAGCAACACAACUCACAUCAACAACUUCAAUGACUCCUAAUACAGCAACACAAUUCACAUCAACAACAUCAAUGACUCCCAAUACAGCAACACAACUCACAUCAACUACAACUUCUUCAGUGUAUCCUAGUACAACACAACUCACACCAACAGGUACUUCAGUAAAUCCAGAAACAACACAACUCACAUCAACAACGACUCCAGAUACAACAACACAACUCACAUCAACAACUUCUUCAUUGACUCCCAAUACAGCAACACAACUCACAUCAACAAUUUCAAUGACUCCCAAUACAGCAACACAACUCACAUCAACAACAACUCCAAUGACUCCCAAUACAGCAACACAACUCACAUCAACAACUUCUUCAAUGACUCCCAAUACAACAACACAACUCACAUCAACUACAACUUCUUCAGUGUAUCCUAGUACAACACAACUCACACCAACAGGUACUUCAGUAAAUCCAGAAACAACACAACUCACAUCAACAACAACUCCAGAUACAACAACACAACUCACAUCACCAACUUCUUCAUUGACUCCCAAUACAGCAACACAACUCACAUCAACAAUUUCAAUGACUCCCAAUACAGCAACACAACUCAACACAACUCACAUCAACUACAACUUCUUCAGUGUAUCCAAGUACAACAAAACUCACACCAACAGCAACACAACUCGCAUCAACUACAACUUCAAUGACUCCCAAUACAGCAACACAACUCCCAUCAACAACUUCAAUGACUCCCAAUACAGCAACACAACUCACAUCAACAACUUCAAUGACUCCCGAUACAACAACACAACUCACACCUACAACUCCAUUGACUCCCAAUACAACAACACAACUCGCAUCAACAACUUCAAUGACUCCCAAUACAGCAACACAACUCACAUCAACAACUUCAAUGACUCCUGA